AUGGCAUCUUUCAACAUAUGGGUCAAGUACGACGAGAGCGAACCGGUUAAAGUCAAAUUUGGCGGAGAGGAUGUCGAUGACCUGAAGACGGCGAUCAAGAGGAAGCUGGCCAAUAAAUUGGGUGAAGUGGAUGCUGACGAUAUUAGGCUCCAAAAACAUGAGGAGGAGAAGGAUCUGGAGCCUGAUUGUUCGGUGGACAGAACCUUUGAUCCUACCGCAAGAAAGCCGCUCAAAGUCGUCGUCGUCCGAG